AUGUCUCAAGAUCCUAGCCAAUCAGCGAAGCCAAAUGUGGCUGAUACCAAAAAUGCCAAGCAAGCAAAUGGUACUUCCCAAUCUAGUGGGACUCCAUCUAGACCUUCCACAGGUCAAAGCAAGCUUAAUGGACCAUUCUCAGCAUCCGAUUUAAAUCGUAUUGUAUUGGAAUAUCUUAAUAAAAAGGGUUACCAUCGUACUGAGGCUAUGCUAAGAGCUGAGAGUGGACGUACAUUAACCCCACAAAAUAAAAACAGUCCAGCAAGUCCCAAGUCUGGAACCUUACCUGAACCUUCUACUACUCCAGCUACUGCUGAGAAACAUGUCAGACCUGUAAGCAAUCCAGUACCAGCAAAGAGAAAUUCCGAUGGUGAAAUCAUUUCUUAUGAAAACUUGCAAAAUGCCACUUCUCCAGAGAGUUGUAUUCGUGCUUAUUCCAUUUUGAAAAAUUGGGUUGAUUCAUCAUUAGAAAUUUAUAGAAGUGAAUUAACUUACAUCAUGUAUCCGAUUUUUAUUUACAUGUUUUUGACUUUGGUCGCUAAAAAUCCUGUUCAUGCACGUCGAUUCUUUGAUAAGUAUUCUGUUGAUUAUAGAGUUUAUCAUGGAAGUGAAAUUAAUAGAUUGUUUAGUGUCAAUUCGAUUGAUCAUAUUAAAGAAAACGAAUUAGCCAGCUCUUUCCAGAAUAAUAAAUAUCGUGUAACUAUGUCAAGAACUACCUUAAAUUUGGUUUUAUAUUUCUUAAAUGAAAAUGAAAGUGUGGGAGGUUCUUUAAUAAUAAGUUUAAUAAAUCAACAUUUAGAACCAAAUGUAGUUGAUACAGUUACGUCUAGAGACAAAUUAGGUGAUGGUAUUAAACAUUCGACGGAGCCUGGCUCUGGUACUACAAUAGAUUCAAGUAUAAAUUCUGCUCCUGUAAAACUAGGGCCUUUUCCAAAAGAAGAAGAAUUUAAAAAAGAAGUUGAAACAGAAUUGAAAAUUAAAGAUGAACAAGAACGUAACCAACUUCAAAAAGAAGCAGGCAAUUCUGAGGAAGUAGAAUAUAAAAAAUCUCUGGUUCAAGAAUAUAAAGAAAUGAAUAAUGAAGUGAAAAAAAGUGAUACCAAUAGAGAUGGUUCUAAUAGAGAUGAAGCAACUACCAACGAUAAAGAUGACGUGAAUUUAGAUGAUAGAACAUCACUACUAACUAAACCUAAAGAAGCUGAUAUGAUGUCACCAUCAGCAGAUUCUAUCCCACUUCCUACAAAGACAGCAUUAGAUAUUAGAUUAGAAAUUCAAAAAGUACGUGAAUCUAGAGAAAGUAUAAGAUUAGAUACAAACCCUAAUUCCUUGCCAAGUGUAUGUAUGUACACUUUUCAUAAUACAAAUCAAGAUAUGACUUCCCUGGAGUUUAGCGAUGAUUGUCGAUUGGCUUCCACUGGUUUCCAAGACAGUUAUAUUAAAAUUUGGUCAUUGGAUGGUACUUCGUUAAAUACUAAAUUUACACAGGCAAAUAAAGAUAGAAAUAGAAUUACAAUAACAGAUAGAUCAUUAACACAUAUGGAUAACGAAUUAUCUGCUACUUUAAUUGGUCAUAGUGGUACAGUUUAUUCUACUAGUUUCAGUCCUGAUAACAGAUACUUGAUUUCUGGGUCUGAAGAUAAAACAGUAAGGUUAUGGUCAUUAGAUACACAUACAGCAUUAGUAAGUUAUAAGGGUCACAACCAUCCAAUUUGGGAUGUUCAAUUUUCACCAUUGGGACAUUAUUUUGCUACAGCUUCUCAUGAUCAAACAGCUCGUCUAUGGUCGUGUGAUCAUAUCUUCCCAUUGCGUAUUUUUGCUGGCCAUUUAAAUGAUGUUGAUUGUGUUUCAUUCCAUCCAAAUGGCUAUUAUGUAUUUACAGGUAGUAGUGAUAAGACAUGUCGUAUGUGGGAUAUUAGCACAGGUGAUAGUGUAAGAUUAUUUUUGGGUCAUACUUCUGCUGUGGUAAGUACUGCAGUUUCACCAGAUGGUAGAUGGCUAACUACUGGUAGUGAUGAUGGUACCAUCAAUGUAUGGGAUAUUGGUAGUGGUAAGAGAUUAAAAUCAUUAAGAGGUCACGGUAAGAAUGCAGUUUAUUCUUUAACUUAUUCUAAAGAAGGUAACCUACUAGUUAGCAGCGGGGCAGAUCAAUCAGUAAGAGUAUGGGAUUUAUUUAAACCAAGCGCUAAUGCCAACAAUAACCCUUCUUCAGGCACUACAAACUCUAAUCCAACAACAGAUGAUAGUGAAGUAGUAGAUGUUGAUUGGUUUGAUACCAUGAGUACUAGUGUAAAUCAAGAUAUAAAAGAAUAUGGCCGUAGAAGGACAGUGAUACCUACUACCGAUCUGUUAGCAUCAUUCUAUACAAAGAAGACACCUAUUUUCAAAGUUAAAUUCACAAGAAGCAAUUUAGUAUUAGCUGGAGGAGCUUAUUUAGAAUGA